AGAAACUGAGCAUUAUCCUUAUCUCUAUUAUAUAACUCUCGAUCACAAGAGUAUUAUUGCCAAGAGGAACCAAAAAAACAGCGAAACAUUUCUAACUUUUCAAGCAAACAAUGGCACCAGCAAAAACUCUCGAUUAUAUAGCUCAGAAAAACACCCUCGAGUCUAGUUUCAUCCGGGACGAAAUCAGUCGUCCAAAAGUUGCUUACAAUCAGUUCAGCAAUGAGAUUCCAAUUAUUUCUCUCGCAGGAAUCGACGACAUUGGUGGCCGCAGAGUAGAAAUUUGCAACCAGAUUGCAAAAGCUUGCGAGAACUGGGGUAUCUUCCAAGUUGUUGAUCAUGGCGUGGAUCAAAAGCUCAUUUCUGAGAUGACCAGUUUUUCUAAAGGGUUCUUUGAUUUGCCACCAGAAGAGAAGCUUCAGUUUGACAUGUCUGAUGGUAAAAAGGGUGGCUUCGUAGUCUCUAGUGUUCUCCCAGGAGAAGAGAUGAAGGAUUGGAGAGAGCUAAUGAUAUACUUUUCAUACCCAAUUAGAGAAAGAGAUUAUUCAAGGUGGCCAAACAAGCCAGAAGGAUGGAAAGAGGUAACAGAACAAUACAGUGAGAAUCUAAUGAGUUUAACAUGCAAGUUGUUUGAGGUGUUAUCUGAGGCUAUGGGAUUAGAAAAAGAAGCUUUGACAAAAGCAUGUGUUGAUAUGGUUCAAAAGAUUGUGGUAAAUUACUACCCAAAAUGCCCUCAACCUGACCUUACUCUUGGCCUGAAACGACACACUGAUCCUGGCACAAUCACUCUGGUGUUUCAAGAACAAGUGGGUGGCCUUCAAGUUACUAGAGAUGAUGGUGAGACGUGGAUCACUGUUCCGAUAGUGAAAGGUGCUUUUGUUGUCAAUAUUGGAGAUCAUGGUCACUAUUUAAGUAAUGGACGGUUCAAGAAAGCUGAUCACAGGGCAGUGGUGAAUUCCAGCUACAGUCGUUUAUCCGUUGCAACAUUCCAAUAUCCAGCAACAGAUGCAACUGUGUACCCUUUGAAGGUUAGAGAGGGAGAGAAAUCUGUGAUGGAGGAACCUCUCACUUUUGCUGAAAUAUUCAGGAGGAAUAUGAGCAAUGACCUUGAGACUGCUAGGAUGAAGAAGAUGGGUAAAGAAGAUAAAGAACUUAGGGACAUGCAGAAGGCAAAAUAGUUUUGGGUGGAGCUUUUGGUGUUGUUUGUUUUUUAUUUAUAUAUUUGUCCCUUUUUAUGUUGUUGGUUCUCUUGUUUGAUUUUUUUUAUAUGUAUCAUUUUGCAUUUAUGUUUGUAAUGGAUGAAAAAAGUGUAAGUGGUUCGAACAAAAUCGAUGAAAUUGAAAGUCUAAACCAAACCAAACUGAAAUAGUAUUCAACCUUGAAUGGUUCGGUUUAAAACUUAACCGAUCUAGUUUGGUUCGGCUUUCAGUUUUUUAUUUUGAUA